AUGCGCCUCUACUUGCUCCCUAUCUCGAACCGACGGACGUUGUUAUACUGCAGGCGCCUGAACGUGAGCAUCUCCGACCACCCCACCUUUAUCGACCGAGGCACUAUUAGAGCUGCGAAAUUAUGGGCAGAUUGGGAGACAAAAGACUCGGGAUGGCGGAAGAAGGUCGUGGACUGGGGAAACGCGGCGCUUAAGAAGAUACCAUAUGAAGAAUGGGGGUUGAAGUCGAUACCGCCGUUGUCAGCGCGCCGGAGAGCACAAGAGCUGGAAGCGGGGCAGGCGACUGUCGAAGUUUCUUUCCCAUCAGGAGUCAUCCCUAUAAAUGAGGUCAGCGAGCUGCUCCGGAGGCUUGGGACAGAGAGGGAGUCUCUGCACAAAUCGAGGCUGGUCUACUGUUUUGUUGGAAUGCCUAUAACUGCUCCGGUGGCUCUCCUCCCAGUGAUACCCAACCUGCCGUUCUUCUAUCUUGUCUAUAGAGCAUGGUCACAUUGGCGCGCCCUAUCCGGGUCGAAACACAUCCAAUUUCUCAUCAACAAAGAACUCAUCGCACCCACAGUCUCGCCAAUCUUGGAUACCUUGUACGCGCCUGGCAUCAUGAGAGCCACCCGUGGCAGUGUUUCUCUCGGUAGCAAGCCGCCCAAAUCAGCAGAUUCCUCGGCACCCCUCCUAAAAGACCAAUUGCCGCAUGAAGUAAUGCUGCUUCAGGAGGGUGAUAGCACUCUCAUCGCCAACGCUCUCGAAAUGCCAGAGCUGCACGCCGAGAUCGAAAGAGCGAUAUGGCAAGUUCGAAAUGACAUUCGAGCAAAGCAGGAGGCCAGGAAGGAGAAUGAGAAUGAGCAAGAUCAAGUGAAAGAGGAGGAUAAGGAUAAGAAGUAG